AUGGGCGCUUCGCAGUCAUCCCAGGCCUCCCAAAAGCCCGACCAUGUGGUCUCUGCCCCGGCGGGAACGAGCGUUGAGCAGCCGUCGUCGGGCAAGAAGCCGCAGACGACAGACGAGCUCGUGCGCCAGAAGCUCGCCUCCGAGUCGGCCAACCUCCGGCAGCAGGAGGCCGAGAUCCUGUCGUCGAUCUCAUCAGCGCUGGAGAAGGAGAACCUCGACCGCGAGAAGCCGGGCAUGUCCUCUGAGGCUCUUGGACGCGACAUCGAGGAGGUCCGCGAGAAGGUCGAGCGUAUCACCAACGACCGGAAGAACCGCGAGAACCCCGACCUUGCUAAGGCCAAGGACGCCGUUGUUGUUUGCUACACUAACAACCCUACGACUCCCCUUGACUGCUGGCGUGAGGUUGACGCCUUUAAGGCCGAGGUCAACAAGCUUGAGGCUGUGAGUUACCGAUUCUGGAUGGCGAUCUGA